UUUGACGGAGCAAACGUCUGAACUUAUAAUCUGGGGGUAAUAAUGUGUUGCUAGAUACCGCUUAUUACUUAUAGUAUUGGUGUAGAGUCAAUACUGUGGCCAGUUUUAUAAGUGCCUAUAUGGGUCACACACUUUGGACAAUUUAAAGAGUAGGAUUAUAAGAAGGGAUAAUAUUUAAUUUGUAUAUUGAGAAGCUAGCGCAGAUGCGUGAGAGGGAACAUUUUCAUCAAUUUUUGAUGGGAUUAAAUGGUGCUUUGUAUGGGACUUUGCGGUCGAACUUGCUUGCCCAAGAAACCAUACCACCUGUGGCAAGAAUAUACAAUAUUCUUGUCCAAGAUGAAACCUCACGAAACGGGAUGCACAAAGGGAACAACCGUGGGAGAGGAACUUUCCGCGGUCCAGGAAGAGGAGCGGGACGGUCGACCGUUGGUGCUAGACGGUCGACCGUCACGGGCGGUCGAAGUGAAGUACAUGUGGUUCAGGGCGAAAGGCCGUUUCCACAGUCCAAUUUUGAGGAUUUGACGUCUAAACAGUGGAAUGCUGUUCGUCAUGCUCUCUCACUCUCUUCCGCCCAUAAUUCUCAAAAACUUUCAGGUGAAACACCCAGAGAGGAUGCAUUAAGGAGCAACUCAGCCACUGAUUACUUUGAAGAUGCUGAGGAAUUAUUCACGGAGGACCAUCUGGACCGUUCCUGGAGGAACAGUUGCCUGCCGGGCAAUGGAGAUGCAGACGAGCUACAGACGGUCGACCCAGUGGACCGUGCCGAUGACCACGGUCGACCGUCGGAAGGGCAGAAUGACAGACUCUCAGGAGAAGACUCAACGGUUGACCGUAUCAUCGAGGACCGUCGAUCAUCCUCGAGGCAGAAACUUGACGCACCAGCACAGCUACAGACGGUCAACCCCGUGGACCGUUCCACGGAUGGCGGUCGACCGUCCCCGAGGCAGAAACUUGAUGAACUAGCGAUGCUACAGACGGUCGACCCCGUGGACCGUUCCACGGAUGGAAGUUGACCGUCCUCUUCCCAGCAAACAGUAGAGACCUUGGGGCGUAGUCAGAGGGAAAGACGCCCAAAUUUAAUGUUUUAAGCAACACCUUAGAUUGUUUAGAGAUAGGGGAAUUGUUGUGAAUUCUGCUUUCUAACACAAAAAGAAAGAUUUGAUUGUCAAAAUCUACUUUGCACGAGGGCGUGCAAAAGGCUAAGUGUGGGGGUAUUUGAUAAGUCUUCAAAUGUCAUAUUUUAUUCCUUCAUAUUAGCCCGUUUUAGUACAAUCCAAAUGCAUUUUAUACACAUUUAAUCACUAUUAUGUUUACAUAGCAAUUUAGGCCAUUAUUUGUAUUUUAUUCAUAAAAUGCAUUCUUUUGUUUAUUCUUUUACUUCACUAUUUUUAUUAUCUCAUUUACCUUGACGUAGGUUUUAAAAAUCGUUUUACGGAGCAUUAAAGGGCUCGGUGAUC